ACCUUUCUAGGUCUUCAGCUGAUUCCAGCUUUUUGGAUGAGGAUCACUUGCUCAUCCCUAAGUUAAGAAGGACCAAAAGUAUUCAGAUGAAGAAACUUGAUUAUUUUGAGUCCGAUGACCUGUUUGACCCUUCAUCAAAUGAGAGUGAAGAAGAAUAUGUCCCUAAAAGUAGUGAAGAAUACAGUGAAGACACUGACACAAGUGAAAUUAUAGAGACUGAUGAUCAGAAAAUUCUUCUUCUCAGACGUUUUAGGAAUAUUGAAGAUUUCACAGCUGCAUGUCCCCCUGUAAUGGAGCAAAACAUUAAUAACAAUUCUACCAAGCGAGGAUUUCAGAGAGGACGUUCACCUACAAAAAAGCGUGAAGAACAAACAAAAUACAAAAGGCGACAUUUCAGCUCUUCAAGCUGUCACACUAAAUCCAUAGAUAUGGCUCGAUCAACUGAUCAUAGUGGAAGUUCAAGUGAAGAAGGUAUUUCUGCUACAUCAGCACCUGUUGCAGAAGACAAUGGCCCUUACUCUUCAGUUGCACAGGAUGGAUUCCCUAACGCUCCUCCUCUCAUACCUGCUGUUGAGAAAAGUAAGAGUGGGUCACGCAUUUACAACAAAAGACAGUACUGUUUGUACUGUAAACAGGGAUUCAUAAAAAUUGCGAGGCAUUUGGAGCAUGUUCAUCAUGACAAACCCGAAGUUGCAAAAGCCACAGCUUUUCCUAAAGGCUCCAGCCAGAGAAAGUUACAUUUGGAACAUUUGAGAAAUAGGGGGAACUUUGCCCACAAUGUUGAGGUACUAAAUAGUGGUACUGGAACACUCGUCCCACGUAAGCAACCAAGCACAACAUCUGAACCACAAAACUAUCUUCACUGUACCUAUUGUCAAGGACUGUUUGCAAAAAAAGUUCUCUGGAGGCACAUGAUCAUCUGCAAGUUUAAACCAAACGCUGUCAAGAAACCAGGCAAAACACGUGUCCAGUCUCUUUGUGCCUUUACUGUAUCCCCUCCCCCAGGAGUAAAGACAGAGUUCUGGAAAUUGUUAAACGCCAUGAAUCAAGAUGAAGUUUACACUGCUGUAAAGUCUGAUGAACUCAUCAUAGAAUAUGGGCAGCAUCUUUACAACAGACUUGGAUUUGAUGCUUCAAGACAUGAGUAUAUUCGCCAAAAGAUGAGAGAACUGGGAAGAUUGUUGAUUAAUUCAAAGAAAACAACCCCCAUGAAGACAAUUGAGGAGCAUGUAAAGCCUGCAAAUUUCAUGUUGGUUGUAGAAUCGGUGAAAGACCUUGCUGGUUUUGUUGUUGAAACAAGCACUUACAAAUGCCCAAGUCUUGCUUUGAAGAUUGGAUAUAGCUUGAAAAAGAUAUCAGAGCUUGUUGAAAGUCGUGCAAAUGUACAGGGCAAUUCCAGAGCAGCCAAAGAUGCUCAUGCACCCAAAAAACCAUAA